AUGAGUUUCAGGGAUCUGAGUAUCGCCCGAGCCAUGGAGUUCGCCGUCCACGAGAUCAACAACAGAACAGAUCUAUUGCCGGGAAUCACGUUAGGAUACCAGAUACACGAUUCCUGCGGUGCAGUGUCGAUGGCUGUUAAAGUUGCAUUUCAGUUUGCAAACGGCAUGGAACCAUUUUACAAUGAUACUGAUUCCUGUUCAAAAUCUGCAGCUGCAGCUGUUCCUGCUCUCGUGGGAGAGUCUACUUCCACCCCCUCUAUCAGUAUGGCCAGAAUACUGGGUCUUUUUGGAAUUCCACAGGUGAGUCAUUUCGCAAGCUGCGCAUGUCUGAGUGAUAAGCGUCAGUAUCCUGCCUUCCUCAGGACCGUGCCUAGUGACCACCACCAAGCGGCCGCACUAGCAAAAAUAGUCAAGCAUUUUGGCUGGACAUGGAUUGGGGCAGUGCGCAGCGACUCAGACUAUGGCAAUUAUGGAAUGGCGUCGUUUCUAAAGGCUGCGCAGGAGGAGGGAAUCUGUGUGGAGUACUCCGAGUCCUACUACAGAACACAACCGCGCAGUAAACUGGAGAGAGUAGCGAACGUCAUCCGGAGAUCAACAGCCAGGGUAAUAGUAGCGUUUGUUCAAUCAGGCGACAUGAGGUUAUUGUUGCAAGAACUGGCUAAACAGCCGCCGCCUCCCCUUCAGUGGAUCGGCAGCGAAGCGUGGAUCAUACAAUCAGAAUUUCUGACCUAUAACAUGUGCGCUGGGGCGAUAGGAUUUAGUGUCGCCAACUCGGUGAUUCCAGGUUUCCGUGAGUUUCUUCUGGAUCUCUCUCCAGCACAAGCACUGAAAUCUCCUCUGCUAACGGAGUUUUGGGAGAGCUCGUUCAGCUGUAGUCUAAUAGGCUCCUCAGGGGGCGCGCGGAAAUGUGACGGCAGCGAGGAUAUCCGCGCGCUCCAGAACCCGUAUACAGACACGUCGCAGCUUGGCGAGUCUAACCUGGUGUAUAAAGCUACGUAUGCCAUAGCGCAUGCCAUCCACGGUGUUAUCUGUAAUGACACGCAGUGCGACAAGAGCGCUAAAUUCACACCAUGGCAGGUAUGA